AUGGCUGAACGCGAAGCCAAACGGCAGAAGACGGAGAAGGACGACGAUGAAGGUCACAAAGCCAGUCAGAAGGACUAUGACUCAUAUGAUUUGAUUCUUCGCAUGAGCAUGCAAGGCAUGUCCACGGAGUCCAUCGCAACUGUGUGGAAGAUGGAACCUGCUGAAGUCGUGCAAAUCUUGGAGCAAGCCGAGGCAUUUAACACGAAGGACAGCGAAGGUGGUCAAUCCCAAGACAACAGCCAAGGCUUGGCAUUGCUGGUGAAGCGUUUGCUCACGGAUCCGCCGGAGCUGUGUUGCCCCAUUUCUCACGCGUUGAUGGAGGACCCCGUGGUGGCAAACGAUGGCUUCACGUACGAACGGUCGUGCGUCGAAGAAUGCCUGAAGGUGAGGGCAAAGAGUCCGAUGACAGGAGCAGCGAUUGAGAACCUAGUGCUCUACGACAACAAGAAGGUGAAGUCGGAAACGGUCUCUUUCAAGGAAAGCGUUGUGGCAGAGAUCCUUUGUGUCGCACCUCAGCUUCCGCACCACUUGGCGAGCAAAGUGCUCCCACGAGCUGUGGAGUUUGUAAGAGCCCAACUACCAGAUUCGACUGCUCGCAGGAAACUUUUAACGUUGCUGCUUCUCAGAGUAAAGUUGCCCGGAGUAGACAGAGAUGCCAUCAUCCAAGAGAUCGUUUCGUUGAUGGUGGAAGUGCAAGAUGAUGGGCAAGUUCUGGAGUUUCUCAGAGCAACCGAUGAGUCUGAACUGCAAAUGCUGCUUCCAAACCUCAAAGAAGAUAUGAUCAUAGUCUUAUACAAUGCUGUCAAGGAAGCAGAUGCCAAGGGCAAGCUCCUGAUCACAAAGGAACUUGCGUGUAGACUUGCAAGCCGCUUGGGCGAUGAUGUACGGUUGAACAAGCUAUGGGAUGUUUUGCAGUUGACUGACCGCUAUGAACACGGCGAUUGGACAAAGGCUUCCGCCGUUUUGCUGGCAGCUUUUAUUGGUAGGCUCAAUGCAUAUCUCCCUGAUCUGGACUUCUGCCUGCUGAACGACGCUCGAGCAUAUCUGGAUGACCAAGAUGUUGCAGCCGCCUUCGCCAAGAGGUUUUUCAACUAUGACCUUGGAAUUUCCACAGCCGUUCAGUGGCCGCCCAAGCAAGCUGCGAGGAUUUUCGUGGACUUGGCACGCCGCUUGGAGCCAUGCGAGGGCAGGGAGAAGCAAAAGCUCCAGCUGCUUGUGAGAGCUCACAGCAUCAAUGCCAGUGAUGUGCUGAUGCGCGAAGCGCUAGCACAUCAACUGCAUAGCAGCAUGUUGCACUUGAAGCCCGCUAGCGAUGAUUGUGGUAUCGAUGUGGAAGGGUUGUUUCUCAAGCUUUUCCUGGAGGAUGAUAUGGAGAUCCCAGCCGAUGUCCUGCCCAAUUUGACUUUGCAACCAGUUCACCUCAAGCAGCUGUCAGCAGAGGAGCUUAUGUCUCUUGCGCGCCAGCUCGGCAUGCCCGAGAGGUGCGCAGAUGGAGCUCGCGUGGCUGUCGCAGCAGCCGGGCUGUUUGCCAUGGACGGAUUGGAAGACGCGUGCCACAAUGCUUUCCUCGACGCCUUCCGACUGGACCCCAGCAACUGUGAUGCUUCGCGUGGGCUGGCGCAAGCAGUGGUCACGCUGAAGGGCAAAUGCAAAGAGCUAGCAGGUUCCCUCCAGCAAGUCGCAGCAGACACUCUGGAUCUCAAAGGGGCCGUAAGGGAACUUACAAACAAAUGCUAUGCUCCGGAGGGCAAGUGCCAAGCUUUUACAGGAAUGUCCUUUGUUUGGGACUUGACUGUCUAUGACUUCAGCAACUUCGCCAAGGAUCAGAGGCAGAUGAGCGAUAAGUUCCAGAUCUACCCUGGCAUCAACGCUUGGAUAUCGCUGUACCCGAAAGGAGACUCGCUGUCGAGUCCUGGCGAAGCGGCGCUUUAUGCUUUUGUUGAGAGCCCAGUCCAUUUGAAGGUGAGAUUCCAGUGCCGCACUGUUAAUAGGAUGCUGGAUCAUGAUUUUGCGACGACGCUCACUGCCAAAGGCAACACGACAGGCAGGGGAUACUGGAACUUCAUUGAGGCUUCCCAGCUGGACGGCGCCUCCAUCAGAAUUGACAUUUUGAGUGUCCGGCUACCUGCCGCUUCAUUGCGUAUAGUCGCCCCAGGCUUCAAUGACAUGGGCUGA